AUGUUCCGUCUAUUCUCAUCAGGUGUCGAUGAUCUGGUGCUGGUAUCAUCACCAUCCAAUGGUGAGGUUACCAACCAGAUCGGUGCCAGGUUCGACAGAGAGCUCAUCUACACCAACAUUGGUGAAGUGUUGGUCGCUGUCAAUCCCUACAAACAACUCCCAAUCACAGGUCCAGAGUUUAUAAAGAUGUACCAAAACGCGUCAGGAGGAGACGCCUCUCCACAUAUCUUUCAGUUGGCUGAGAGAGCUUACAGACGAUUGGUCGACGAUAAUGAAUCACAGUGUGUAAUUAUUAGUGGUGAGUCGGGCGCUGGAAAGACAGUGUCGGCCAAGCUCAUCCUACAGUACGUCACAGCAGUCAGUCCAAACAACAGUUAUGGCGCCGUGAUGGGUGGCGGCGGAGGCGGCAACGGUAUGCCCCAGUACGAUGGUGGCGCCGAUGAGGACCAACCAAUGCCCGGCCGCGGCCGCGCACUUCCAGGAAUGAUGCCAGGCGGUCGUGGCAUGGGUAUGCCAAUGCCCGGCCGUGGAGGCGCUCCUCCAGGUCGUGGCGGCGCUCCCCCCGGUCGUGGAGGUGCUCCACCCCCUCGCGUUGGCGCUCCGCCUCCAAGAGGACCACCCGCACCUGUUGGAGGAGGCGGUCAACGUGGCCCACCACCCCCUGUUGGUGGCGCCCGUCCACCUGCCCCAGGCGCACCUCGUCCCAUGCCCAGCGGCGGUGGCGACGGUGACGACUCCUACAGCCCACCAGCCAGAUCGGUUGUGCCCCCACCAGGCCGAGGCCGUGGCGGACCCCCAUCAAGAGGUGGCGGUCGCGGUGGUGCUCCACCACCCAGAAUCAACCCCUCAGGUGGCGGCGGCGGUGGUCGCAGCGGUGGCAACAUCGAUGUCGAGCACAUCAAGCGUGUGAUUCUAGACAGCAACCCAUUGAUGGAGGCCAUUGGCAAUGCCAAGACCGUGAGAAACGACAACUCCUCGCGUUUUGGCAAGUACUUGGAGAUUCAGUUCAGCGACAACAACGCACCCGUCGGUGGUGUGAUCUCCACCUUCUUGCUUGAGAAGACCAGAGUGACGUUCCAGCAAAAGGGCGAGCGUAACUUCCACAUCUUCUACCAGCUGCUAGCCGGCCUGGACCCUCAGCUCAAGAGCGAUUGGGGCCUGACCGACGCCAGCGCCUUCUACUACCUCUCGCAGUCCAAGUGCACAACGAUCGAGGACGUGGACGAUGCUGCCGAGUUCCGCGACGUGCAAAAGGCCAUGGACACUGUGGCCAUCACACGUGACGAGCAAACCGAGAUCUUCAGAAUCCUCGCUGCCAUCCUGCACGUUGGUAACAUCCGUUUCCAGGGUGAGCCACCCGCCGAGGUCGUCGACACCAACCCUCUGCAGUGGGCCGCCACAUUGCUGGGCUGUGACCCCCAGUUCCUGGGCCAGUCGCUCAACCAUCGCCAGAUCCAGACGGGUUCAGUCCGCCACACACAGUACGCUGUGCCACAGAACCCCGACCAGGCAGCAAGUCUGAGAGACGCCCUGGCCAAGACGCUGUACGACCGUGUGUUUGACUUCAUCGUGGCGCGCAUCAACACGGCCAUGCAGUUCCACGGCCAGAGCAAGGUGAUUGGUGUGUUGGACAUCUACGGUUUUGAGGUGUUUGAGCGCAACUCAUUCGAACAGUUCUGCAUCAACUACGUCAAUGAGCGUCUGCAGCAGAUCUUCAUCGACCUCACGGUGCGUGGCGAGCAGCGCGAGUACCACGACGAGGGCAUGAAGUGGAAGGACAUCAACUUCUUUGACAACAAGAUUGUUUGCGACCUGAUCGAGGGCAACAAGCCACCAGGCAUCAUGCGUGUGCUGGACGACGUGUGCAAGACUGUGCACGCCGUCGACUCGGCCACCGCCGACGUCAAGUUCAUGGAGAAGCUGGCCGUGUCAAUCCAACAUCCACAUCUCGUCAUCUCGAACCACGACGAGUUCACGAUCAAGCAUUAUGCCGGUGACGUCACCUACAACAUCGAGGAGUUCUGCUUCAAGAACAACGACAACUUGUACGCGUCGAUCGUGUGCUGCAUGCAGACGUCAACCUACCCAUUCAUCUCUGGCCUGUUCCCCGAGGACAUGAUGGACAACAAGCAGGCGCCCACGACCGCGUCGUUCAAGAUCCGCCAGUCGGCCAACUACCUCGUGCAGCGUCUCUCGUCGUGCACGCCGCACUACAUCCGUUGCAUCAAGCCCAACGACAAGAAGCAGCCGAUGAACUUUGUGACGUCGCGUGUCGAGCAUCAGGUCAAGUACCUGGGUCUGCUCGAGAACAUCAAGGUGAAGCGUGCCGGCUAUGCCUACCGCCACUACAAGAACGUGUUCUUGGAUCGCUUUGGCAAGAUGUUUGACGCGCCACCCCGCACGAUCCCCGAGUUUGUCGACCAGUUGAUGCGCGCCACCAAGGACAUCCCCGCCGACGAGUUUGAGGAGGGCAAGACCAAGGUGUUUGUCAAGAGUCCCGAGACCAUCUUUGUCAUGGAGGAUCUGCUCAUGCAAAAGCUGGACCCCGAAGGAUACAAAGAGCGUGUCAAGGCCUACAAGGAGAAUGAGAAGUUGGCUCAACAAAAGGCUGGAAAGCAUUCUCUCAAGCCAAAGUGUUUGAUACAAUAA